AGCCGAGCGGACCGAAAGUAAUACACAAGUACCGUGACCUUUCUGUGCAGGGCCGUGGCGCUGUGUUCACGUGUUAUCGAGAGAAACCAGUUCUCUAUUAUGCAGGUCUGAUUGCAAGCCCUUUUAUCAUAUUUUGCUAAAUUUGAGUGAGCUUCACUUCAGAAAUGAAUGAGGAGGGUUGCAAUGCUGUGUUGGAGGUGUUGACCAGAGCUACUAGUCAGGAUCCUAGCAUUCUGAAACCAGCUGAACAACAGCUCAAGCAAUGGGAAGCACAACCUGGUUUUUACUCUAUUCUACAGACAAUAAUUCAGAACCACAGUAUUGGCGUAAAUGUAAGAUGGUUGGCAGUACUUUUCUUCAAAAAUGGCAUUGACAGAUACUGGAGGAAGAAUGCAACAAAUGCCAUCUCAGAUACAGAAAAGGUGGGCAUACGAGCCAAGCUGGUCGCUCGCUUUGAUGAACCAAUUGCUCCUAUAGCUACUCAGCUGGCAGUCCUCAUUAGCAAGAUAGCUCGCAUGGACUGUCCUAGGAUUUGGCCUGAGCUGGUCCCUAUUCUCCUGGAAGCGGUCAAGCAACCGGAUCUCCUUGCACAGCAGAGAGCACUCUUAACAUUGCAUCAUGUGACAAAGACCCUAGCGUCCAAGAGACUGGCAACAGAUAGGAAGCUUUUUCAAGAGCUGACAAGUAACAUCUUUGGUUUUGUGCUAACCCUCUGGAACACCUAUACUGAGAAAUUCCUACAAGCAGCUAAUGCUCAGGAUCAUACUGCCAUGGCAACAUCACUUGAGCUCAGUGCGCUUGCCCUUAAAGUUUUGAGAAAACAGCUGGUGUUUGGCAUAACAGAACCAGGCAAGUCUCAAGAAGCAAUGAUGCUGAUUCAGAUGAUAUUCCAGAGGGUGCGUCCCUAUUUAGAAGUCAGAGCAAGUCUUCCUGCUAAUCACACACUAAGAGAGAAGUUGGAGAAAAUGGCCAUCCUGCACACUAAAGUUCUACUGGACUGCCAGGAGAACUUCCCACUGGCCUACAUAGACUUCAUCGGCAGCUCCUUGGAACUCUGCACCUCCUGUGUAUUCUCUGAUGAUAACAGACACCUCAUGUUUGAACGCUUCACGGUACAGUGCAUGAAUCUCAUCAAAGGGAUCGUCAAGUGUGAGAAGUACAAGGAGAGGACCGGUCCUGAUGAGGAGCCAGACCCUGUUACUGUCAAAGCAGAAGGGGCAAAGAAAGCAUUCUUUACAGAGAGUAUUGUCACAGAAAUCUGUCAGAGGCUAAUCAUGCAGUACUUUCCAUUGGGACAAGAGGACCUGCAUCUGUGGGAAACAGAUCCCGAAGGCUUUGUGUCUGACGAGGGAGGUGAAUCAUGGAAGUUUAGCUUAAGGCCUUGUACAGAGACUUUAUUCCUGACCCUUUUCCAUGCAAACAAAUCAGUUUUCAUCCCAGUACUCAUUCAAAUGGUACAGAAAGUACAAGAUGCGAGUGAUACAGAAGAUAUACAGGUGCUAUUACAGAAGGAAGCGGUAUACAAUGCAUUAGGUCAAGCUGCUUUUGAGCUGUUUGACGAUGUUGAUUUUGAUCAGUGGUUCACCUCUCAUCUCUUGAAAGAACUUCAAAACAUGCAUCCAAGGUACAAGAUGAUAAGAAGAAGAGUGAUCUGGUUAGUCGGUCAAUGGAUAGGGGUGAAGCUGUCCCCCUCUCUACACCCUACCUUCUACCAAGCAAUCCUACCCCUCUUAUCUGCAGAUGAAGAUCUGGUAGUCAGGAUAUCAGCUGCACAGGCUCUCAAGAUUGCUGUGGAUGAUUUCGAGUUUAAGACAGAAGCCUUCCUGCCGUUUUUAGAAUCCAGUUUUUCACUGCUGUUUCAACUUCUACAACAAGUAUCAGAAUGUGACACAAAGAUGAGCAUUCUUCAUGUGAUGUCUUUCAUCAUCGAGAGGGUGGGGCCCCAGAUUCGUCCCUUCUCUACCAGUCUUGCCCAGUACUUACCCCUUCUCUGGGAGGAUUCAGCAGAGCAUAACAUGCUCCGGUGUGUCAUCCUCUCAACUCUCAUUCAUCUUGUUCAGGGUUUGGGACCACACAGUACCACACUCUAUCCUUUCCUCCUUCCUAUAAUCAAGUUCAGUACUGAUGUCUCCCAGCCUCCACAUGUCUAUCUAAUGGAAGAUGGUGUGGAUCUGUGGUAUGAGACUAUACAGAAUGCUCCUGCCAUGACACCAGAACUCCUUCAACUCUUCUCUAAUAUGCCUGAAGUACUGGGUAUUCCCAUAGUUUUACAGGAGACAAAAAUGGCUACCGAGAAUCUGAAGACAUGUCUUCUCAUCAUCAGUUCGUAUGUCAUCCUUGGGAAGGAACAGUUCAUGCAGAGCCAUGGACAGACAGUAGCGACAUGUACAACAGGCAUAGUGGCUGAACUCAGGACAGAGGGUGUCACCGUGGUCCUCAAGACGAUAGAAACAGUGUUCAAGAUGUUCCCGAUUGAAGGACCACAUUUCUUUGAGUCGUAUCUGCCCAAAGUCCUGGAGGAGAUCUUGAGUAAAGAUAUCUACCCUAUGCUGAUGACCAUGUACGUCUCUCUCCUCUGUCGUAUUAUCAUCAAGAAUCAAGACUAUUUCUUCUCUGUCCUCGAUGGCAUUGCCAAGAGUUGGAAAACCACACCUGAUGAGCUACUGACCACCCUGAUCCAGACCUGGGUUGACCGCAUGGACCAGCUAGCUGCGGCAGAGCGCAGGAAACUGACCGGUCUAGCGUUUGCAUCCCUGAUGACCAGUUCAUCAAGGGCUGUAAUGGAGAGGUUACCGGACAUGAUGUACAUCAUUGUUGAAGUACUUCAUGACGUGUGCAGAGAAGAGAAUGAUAAAAAACUAGAUUACCUAGUUAUGAGUGAAGACCGCAGUGAUGAAAUCGAUGAUGAGUACGAGACUCUACAUGACAAGAGAAUGAGAGAGCUUUCGAGGCAAGAUCCUAUACACAACACCUCCUUCCCAGAAUAUGUCAAGUUCCAGAUGGGAAAGUGUGAGAGGUUGCAUGGUCCUGCUGUCUUCCAGCAGAUCAUGGACUCGAUUGAUGAAGAAGUCUUGCAGCAGCUGAAAGGCUUCAUUUCAUGAUGAGCAGUAUGAAACGUGUCUGGAAGACCCUUGUAUGGACUGAAAGAGGCAUCUAAAGACUAGAUGUAUGUGAUGAUGAUGAUGAUGAUUCACAGGAUUUAUAUGGCAUAUCUAUUUGUUUUAAAAGAACAUUCAAAGGCGUGAGCUCUUCCAAUAAAGUUAGCAUUUAGACCAGGGCGAAGAUGACGCCGCUUAAUUAAAGAUGACACAUAUCCGAGUCUGACCAUCAGUUGCCUUAAAUGUGAGCAGCAGGACCUUGAAUUCAAUUCCUUCAAAUCUCACCAAGUUUUUAGACACAUUUAAGAGACUUCUUCUUACUAUUACUAGGGACAUGCGAGACAUCUAGAAGACUCCCUAUCAUAAUACAAAGUGACAUGAGUGGUGACCUAUGGGAUGUUUCAUAUAUCACCGAGUUUUAGGAAAGCAUCAAAGAAACACCAUAAUAUCAGCAGUGAGUGAUAUGAGAAGCAAUCAAAGGACUCCUUCACAACACAAGUGACUUUUGUGAGAGGCAACCAAAUAAUUCCUUCAAAUAUUACCAAGUUUUUGGAAUGGCAUCAAGUAUACACCUUCAUAAUAUCAAUGAGGGAUAUGAAAGGUAAUCAAGGACUUCUUCAUGAUGCUUCAGAGACAUCCAGCAAGUCUUCCAAAUUGCAAGGGACUGAUAUGUAAAACGUCACAGGUUUCUUCAUGGACUGGUUACUGAUAUGAGAGAUAUCAAGAGACUCCUUGAUACAUGUACCACACCUGACUGAUUUGAGUGACAUCCAAUUGUUUCUUGACUUUCUUC